AUGCCCUCAGACCCGGCCUCCAAUGCUGGCCCCCACGACUUUGACCCGUUCUUCUUCGCCGCGUUCUUUGACAUGUUCCUCUUCGGAGUUGUGAUCACAAAGGCGUAUUCCUACUUCAUGUGCUCAUCUAGAGAUAGGAAACUGAUGAAGGCUGCAGUGCUUUUCGCUAUUGUGGCCGAAACUCUGAAGACGAUCUUCGACAUCGUCUCCGUGUAUGUACCCCUGAUAGAACGUUUUGGGGACCACAGCGCCCUUCUGUGGACCGAAUUCCCGUUUCACGCCGGCCCUGCCCUGACUGCGCUCGUCACGAGUGUGGUGCAAUCGUUCUUCGUAUGGCGCAUCACGGUCCUCACGAGGAACAGAUGGAUAGUGGGCAUCAUCUCCGUGUUCGCGGUCACGCAGCUCCUCGGGGGCAUCGGCUGCUCCAUCGCAAUUUCCAUGGUAUCCUUCGUCCUCGAAUUCGACAAAUUGCACUCGAUCGGCAUCAUCUGGCUCAUGGCCGCCGUCGUCGGCGACGUCAUGAUCACCAGCACCCUCGUCUACCACCUCCGCCGGCGCAAGACGGGGAUGCAGUACACCGACUCGCUCAUAAACCGCCUCAUCCGCCUGUCGAUCGAGACCGGGCUGCUCACGUCCAUCUGGGCCGCCGUUGACCUCAUCGUCUACCUCACCGUCCGGUCCGCGCUCCACCUCGUCUUCAACUUCACGCUCUCCAAGCUCUACUCCCUCUCCCUCCUCCUCUCCCUCACCUCGCGCGACGGCUGGACGCGCUCCGCGCCCGCCACGCGCCCCCCUUCGCGCCGCGGCGCCGCGGCGGACACUGGCACUGGUGCCGCCGCCGCCGCCCUCACCCCGUCCGCCGCGCGCCUCUCGCGCCGCGCGAGCCAGAUGCUCGGCCGCGUCACCGCGUUCUCCCCCACUGCGAGCCACCGGACGACGGCGGCAGACGUCGAGAUCCGCGUCGUCGUCCGGUCCGAGGCGCACGAGGUCGUCGACGGCGAGGACCGCGAGGCGCCGGAGUGCGUGGGCGGCGACAAGCGCCGGAGCCGCGCGAGCCGGAACUUCGGGGGCGACUCGUUCGGGGAGCCGGAGCCGGAGCCGGAGCCGGAGCCGGAGCCGGAGGACGAGAGCCGGUUCGGGGCGGACGAGAAGGGGAAGCGGCGGGAGAGCGCGGGGGGCGAGGCCGUGUGCGACCACCGCGGGGCGGAGGUGGCGAUGGGCGCGUCGCCGGCGGACAGCGAGCUCACCGCGGUCGACGGUGUGCUGGAGAUCGCGCGAAGGAGGACGAGCUGUGAGCUCGCGCGAGGACGGGGGGCGCACUAA